AUGAGCUUCGAAGAUGUUUCCUACUGUCCGACGCGGACAAGUGCAUGGGGUGGUGAGGUUGCCGUAAGCACAUAUGGCGAGCCACAGUACGCAGACUACUCAAAGGUUGAGUACUUCCAGCCGUCAGAUGCAGAGGAUGAUCAAAAGCCCAUAGACCAGAACGGAGACGGACAAGAUGGAGGGAUACCGGCAGGGGAGGAUGAAUGGGCAACUCCCAUGACGGCAACCCAGAAAAAGGCUGCCAAAAAGGCAGCAAAGAAGGCAGCAAAGAAAGCCGGUGCCGAGGUAGUACCGGAACCACCCAAGGCCGAGGAGCCAGAGGUUGUCCCGGAAGACGAGCCAGCAACGCCAGGGAAGAAGAAGAAAUCAAAGGGCAAGAAGACCGCCGUUGAGGAGAUGCCCGCUCCUCCAGCCGACGACGGCGAGACUUUGGAGAGUUCAAAGUCGAAAAAGAAAUCAAAAGGCAAAAAGGGCGCCGAACUUUCUGAAGACGAGGACGAUAAGAAGGGAAAGAAAAGCAAGAGCAAGAAGUCUGGCCCCGAUCCUUCACCUGAGGAACCAAAGGAGCCAGCCUUGGCCGCUGGUGAGGACGAGUGGGACGAGCCCAAGUCAAAGAAAAAGUCUAAAGGAAAGAAGGUUGAACCAGAGUCUGCUCCGGUAGAGGAGGCUGUUCCAGAGACCUCUAAGUCAAAGAAAAAGAAAAGCAAAAAGAGUGCUCCUGAGCCAGAGCCAGUGCUACCAGCGGAAGAGGCAAAGGCCAAAGACGAGGAUAAGGAACCUGCUGCUGAUAAGCCCUCAGCACCUGCCGAAGAGACCCCGGCACCUACCGAGGAGCCCCCAGCACCUGCCGAUGAACCCCCAGCACCUGCCGAUGAACCCCCUGCAACUGCCGAGGUCACUACACCUUCGGCUGAUGAGGUCGUAUUCGAGGAGGUGAAGAAAUCAAAAAAGGAUAAGAAGAAGAGUAAAAAGAAGGCAUCCGAAGAGCCGCCGCCACCACCUCCUGCCCCGGUCGAGGAGGUGAAAUCCUCGAAAAAGGAUAAGAAAAAGAAGAGCAAAAAGGGUGCAUCAGACGACACUCCGCCCCCGCCGCCUCCUCCCCCACAAGAAGAUGCAGCUCCAGCAGCUCUCGAAGCAGAAUCGGCUCCCAGCACUGUAGAGGAGCCGGCCACUCAACUAGCCGAGGAAGCACCUGCACCCAGCACCGACGAGAAGUCAGCAGAUGCGGCCCCUGCCCCAGAACAGCCACCAGCGGAUGCUGAGGUCGCCGUCGACCAGAAAGCCGAUAACCCUACUCCCGAAGAGGCAGCCCCACCAGCAGAUGAUACACCUGUCGUGCUAGAAGCUGAGAAAGAUGCCACAGCCCCCGAAGAACCAGCUGCGCCAGCUGUAGAAGCAGAUGCUGCACCAGUUGCUGACAAGGAUGCUGUUGUCGAAGAAGCGGCAGCAACGCCGGCUGCUGAUGCGGAAGCGCCUCAAAAAUCAGAAGAACCUGCCGAAGUACCUGUUGAGAAGAGCGCUGACGCAGCUGUCGAUGCUGCUGACACUCAGAUCGCCGACAAGGCAGCCGACCCGGCCGGGGAAGAGAGCGCCCCAGCUGCUGAAGUACCUGCGCCGUCAACUGCAGCGGAUCCACUUGUUGAGGACGGACCGACUCCCGCUGCUGAGGAACCGGCAUCUGAAAAGCCCACAGAGGAAGCUGCUCCCAUUUCCGAGGCAACGACAACGGAAAAGGCUUCAGAGGAUGUCGAUCCCACGGCGAAGACUGAAGCUCCCGCAGUGAACGAAGACGUAGUUCCGCCUGCCGAUGCCGAUGAAGCUGCCCCGGCGACCGUCGAGGUACCAGAACCUUCUAGUGCAGAAACAGCAGUCGAUUCAGCCAUCAAGGAGGAAGUCCCCGCCAGCUCAGAAGACGCGACUCCAAACAAGGCCGAAGAUGCAGCACUGCCCUCGACUACUGAGACUUUACCGGCUGCGGACGAUGUUCCUCCACCCGCCAAGAUCGACGAAGCCUCUCCGCCCGUUGAUGAACAGGCAACCUCGAAAACAGAUGCCCCGGCCGAUGAGGUGAACAAGGAAGAAGCUCCUGCAGUUUCAGACAACGCUAGCGCUGAAAAGGCCGAGGGACCCGCAUCUUCGAUCGACGAACAGAAGCCCGCCACGGACGCUCAGGAGCCCGGUGUUCCGGAGACUAAUGAUGAAUCUGACACUUCCAAUGACGCGGCUGCUCCAGUUGCUGAAGAGUCUACACCUGCAGUAGUUGCAGAAGCCCCUCCGGUUGCUGAAGAGGCAGCAGCGACAGUACCAGCUCCCGCGGAGGAAACCCAGGAUGUAGCCGACGAGGCUGUACCUUCUGAUGUCAAGGAAGAGAGCACCCCUGCCCCUGUGGAGGAAGCCCCUGCGAUUACUGAGGAAGCGCCAAAGGACCAGCCAGCCGACGUCGCUCCCCCAGCAGAGCCAGAGUCUGUAGCACCCGCGCCAGCGAAGGAACCCGAAACGGAACCAUUACCGCUUUCAAACAAGGAUAAAAAGAAGAAAAAGAAGAAGGGAAAGUCAGGCACAGCGACUCCCAAGGAAGCCGUGAUUUCAUCUCCGCCACCUGAGCCUGAAACAAAGCAAGAACCAGAGCCUGAGAUGAAGCAAGAGCAGGAGCCUGAGACUCAGCAAGAGCCGGAACCCGAGCCCAAGCAGGAACCAGAGCCUGAGACUAAGCAGGAACCAGAGCCUGAGACUCAGCAAGAGCCGGAACCCGAGCCCAAGCAGGAACCAGAGCCUGAGAUGAAGCAAGAGCAGGACCCUGAGGCUAAGCAAGAGCCGGAACCCGAGCCCAAGCAGGAACCAGAGCCUGAGACUAAGCAGGAACCAGAGCCUGAGACUAAGCAGGAACCAGAGCCUGAGACUCAGCAAGAGCCGGAACCUGAGCCCAAGCAAGAACCAGAGCCUGAGAUGAAGCAGGAACCAGAGCCUGAGCAGUCCCCAUCUUCCAAAAAGGACAAGAAAAAGAAAAAGAAGAAGGAAAAGCUUGCUGCUGCCACAGACGAGACAAAGAGCGCGGGUACUCCCUCGCCCGCGGAGCCAGACCUUGUCGAGGCAGCGCCCGUGGCAGCAGAACCGGUUGAAACACCUCCCACCGAUGCCGCAGCCGUUGAAGCAACACCCAUCGAGGCAGCACCAGCCGAGCCAAGCGCUGCUGAGGCGAACCCAGCGGCAACAGAUGCAGUAGAUGUGGCACCAGUUGAAAUGGCUCCCGCCGAGACAGCGCCAGUUGAAGCAGCAUCCGUUGAGGCAGCAGCAGCUGAAUCAACCGCAGCUGAGGCGGAGCCAGUGGCAACAGCUGCUGUAGAUGUAGCACCGGUUCCGGUUGAUUUAGCGCCAGUAGAAACGGAUCCUGCCGACGCAGUUCCCACCGAGGCAGCAACAUCAAAGGCGGAGCCCGUGGAGGCUGAACCCGUGGACACAUCUACUUUAAAUGUAGCUUCUGCAGAGCCAGAGGCUUUAGUAGCACCAGUAAAGCCCGACACAGAAGAGCCUUCUCUUUCAUCCAAAAAGGACAAGAAAAAGAAGAAAAACAAGACUGUGGCUGAUGUGGCUCCUGAUGAAGCUGAAGCUCCUGCGGAACCAGACACUAGCGUCGCGGAAGAGGCGGCGACACCAUCGAAGAAGGACAAGAAGAAAAAGAAAGACAAGGGCGUAAAUGCAACCCCUGUCGAAGCUGCAACUCCAGUUGAGGAACCAGAACCGGAACCGGCAGUGCUUUCCAAGAAAGACAAGAAGAAAAAGAAGGGCAAAGGUGCAUCGGACCCUGAGCCUAUCCCAGAAGUCCAGCCUCCCGUUGCACAAGAAGAGGAGAUACCAGCAUCCUCGAACAAGGAUAAGAAGAAAAAUAAGGACAAGGGUACGGCCGACACUGAGGCUGAAAUCGGCAACGAAACCAGUUCUCUAGCAGCGCCAGAGACCCAAGAACUCGGCGACGAGACCAGCUCUCCAGCAGAGCCAGAAGUCCAAGAGCCCGAAGAGAAUAUGACGGAAUCUUCUAAAAAAGAUAAGAAAAAGAAGAAGAAGAAGGACAAGGCUGCUGAAUCCGAGCCCGUCGAAGCUCCUCCACCUCCCAAGGCGGAAGAGUCCGAAGAAGACUUGUCCGUGACGUCCAAGAAGAAACCAAAGAGCAAGGACAAGGACAAAGACCAGGACAAAGACAAGAAGAGCAAAAAGGACAAAAAGAGCAAGGCCGGCAAAGCGGUCGCAGCUGCAGCGGUUAUUGCACCUGCAGCAGUCCUUACCGCAAGCGCCCUUGAAGCCGAUGAGCCAGAAGAUCCGCAAGUCGCUGAUGACAGCGGCGCAGUGAACGGAGAGGAACCGGCAGAUCUUGCAGAGGAUAAUGUGCCGCCAGUGACAGACGUUCCGUCUGAAUCUGUUGAUGUAGUGGAAGCUCAGGAAAAUGCUACCGCAAACGACGCCGUCGACGUAGCGACUGGUGAGGAACCGGCGGAGUUGGCUGCUCCUGACGAGAGUGGGUCUCCCGUUUCAGCCGAGAAUGAGCCGCCGACCGCGGCACCCCAGGCGGAUGAUUCUGCUCCCAAAGACUCGGAGGUCGAUCCUUGCGAGCCGGAAGCGCCAAUCAAACCAACAGAUGUGGAGAGCGAUGUUAUGCAAACCUCGGAGGCUGUGUCAGCAGACGCACAUGAACCUGAGAAAGAUACCACCGAGUCCUCAGAAGGUAUACCACCAUCCGAUUUGCCUCCCGAUUCCGAGCAAAACGUAAUGCCUGAGGACGCAGCAAAUAUCGUACCUCCUACAGAAGAGCUUGGGAGCGGUAUGGCAGCUGAUGAAACUCUUGAGAAAGCUGCCGAGGCCCCUGCCGGCGAUGAGCAGGUAGCUGCGAAAGCCGUUGAUAUGGCGGCGCCUCAAGAGGAGGCUGUCGUCAAAGAAAACAGCCUCGAGAAUGAUGCAAGUUCACACCAGCCAGUCGCAGAGGCUGAACCUGCUUUGGUCGAUGUUGUUUCUGAGAUUGAGACCGAGGUGCCUUCAGCGGAGCCCGUGAACCUUGAAGAGAUUGUCGUAUCUGAAGAAGCCCAGCCCGCAGAGCACAACGAUGACCAAGCACCUGUCCCUGAAACCAGCGAUGCUGCUCAAGACAAAGUGGCCGAGACGGCCGAGGCAGGUGACGAGCCUGCAGGGGAGCCAUUAACAGCAGCAGAGCCUGCAACUGACCCUGAGCCCACCUCUGACACCCCAAUGGUGGACGAACCGACAGUACAAGAUGAUGCUGCACCAGCAGCUGAUUCCUCAACUGACAAGUCCGAGAUCCUGGACGAGGCUCAGGAUAAGGCGGUUGAUGAGGCACCUGUGGAAGCCCUAGAUGCCGAGUCUUCUGAGCCUGUGUCAAACGAUACCUCUACGGUUGAAGCUCCUGAUCCAGUCAAUGUGCCGGAAUCAUCUACCCAACCAGAGGAUGAGCCAGUGGCUGUAGCGGGCGUAAGCGAGCAGCCUGAAGCGGGAGCAGUCGAGGAGGCAUUAACGCCAGUCGAAGAAACGCUGGCCGAGCCGGCAGUUAUCCUCGAGGCCGGCAGCAGCGAUCCCGACGAAGCAGUCAGCUUAGACAAGGCCCCUGAAGGCGACGUUCCUCCUGCAGAUGAGGAAGCCGAACAGGAACUUCCAACGGAAACUGCGGAUAAGCCUGUUGUCGAAGACAAAGAAAAUGCCGCAGCAGAGACGUCUGAUCAGCCCACAGAGCCAGAGGCUGAUGCAGGCGAAGUUACUAGCGCUGAUACUGAGCCAAAGCUCGAGACAACUGAGCCAGCGGAGACUUCCUUAGAAGCAGAUGCACCUAAGUCUUUGGAUGCUGAGGCAACUGCAUCUGUCGUUGCGAUUGGUGACGCUAGCGAGCAAACCGAACCUGCAGAGCCUGCUGAGAUCACUGAACAGCUCCCAGUCGUUGAUACUGUUGAUCAGACACUAGAGCCGGCCGACUCGGCUGAAGCUUCUCAGGAUGUUACAGCUACCAACGACCAAGCCGCCACUGAAGCUGAUCCAGGAUCAGAGGAGCUACAAGUCGAGCCGGCUGCUGUUCCGGCAGAGGAUUCCUCCGCAAUUACAGCAGAAGCGCCAAUCCCGGCUGAGGAUCUUGCUCCAACUGUAGAUGCUACUGAUUCGCAACCGAACGAGACCGCUACUGACCAGGCCCCUGCAAGUGACGAGGUGCCAACCGUCGAGGAGACCAAAGAACCAAGUUCAGAAGACGUCAAGCCCAGUGAAGCUGCGGUCGCCGCAGAGGCUGUUGAUCAUUCUGAGACAUCUCCAGUAGACGACACUCAGGAUACUUGUGAUGAUCAGCCGACUGCUCAUGAGAGUGCCGCAGGCGCGAGCAAAGAUGAGCCAGCCACUGAGUCUGUUGACCUUGGUGCAACCGCAGUGUCAGAUGCCCCUGCAACGGAGACUGUCGAUGCAGACAAGGACAUGGCGGAGAGUGAACUCGCCAUACAACCCGCCACAGAUGAUGCCAUCGCCGAGCCUGUUAUUGAGGAACCGGCUGUCGAAGAGCCGUCGGUAGUCGAAGAUACAAUCGCAGCGGUUGAGCCCGAUCCUCAGGAUGUCACUGCAGCUCCAGAUGAAAACCUCGAUGAUGCUGUCGAUAAAGCUGUCAAUGAGCCUGCACUCGCGGAUGCCCCUGCAGACACCCAAGCUUCUGAGGGGCAGGAAGAGAGCCCGGCAGCACCCGAACCGGCUACCACGUCAGAAGAAGUUGAGGCUACCGCUGAUCAAACCGUUGCUGUCCAAGAGGCCCCAGAGCCGAUAGUCGAGGACUCCAUUGCGCAUAUCGAUGGCGAUAGCCCUGCGGAAGCCGACGUGGAAUCAAGCACCAAGGUUGACGCUGCCAACACUGAAGCAGAAAUCCUGGCUUCAGCGGAGGUUGAAGAAAACAAAGAGCCAGAAACUCCAGCUGCCGAGGCUGCACCGGAGGUCGCAGCAGAGUCCGCGCCAGAGCCUGAAGCGGCGGCUGAUGUGGACGAAGGUGCUGCCAAAGAAGUGGGCGACAAGUCACUUGAUGCUUCUGAAGCAGUCCAACCCCCUGUCGAGGUCGAAACUGUUGAGCCACCUGUUGAAGCGGAUGCCGCGACCGAGGAAAAUGCUACCGAUGCCAUCCCUGAGGAACCUUCUAACACGACAGACCCUGUUGCUGAGGCUGCUGUCGACAGCGUUGAGGUUAACGACGCGGGCGCUAUUAGCCAAGAGGUUGAAGAUGGGCCAGCAGCAGCUGAAGCAGUUGCCAGCGAGUCGCUGGUCGAAGAAAGUAAAGCCGUCGAAGACCCAGCUGCUGAAGCUGAAGUUGAAGCCGCGGUCGAACCCGCAGUCGUCGAGGAACCUGAAGCUUCCGAAGAGUCCCCCAUUGACGAGACAGUUGUUGACCCAGCUGCAGCAAGUGAAGGCGGAGUGUCUCAUGAGGAAACCAUAGAUAAAGAUGCAGCUGAAGCCGCUGUGGAAGCAGCCGCUGUCAGUGAUCUGGUUCAGACGGAAGCACCAGAGGAGACAGCGGCAGGAGAGGAAAGCAUUGAUAACAAGGAGACUCAGGCUGAAGUCCCGGUUCCGGCCCAAGAGCACGAACCAGAGGCCGACAUUGAGGAACCGGCAGAAGCCGCCGAAGUCGUGGAGGUGCAGGCAGCCACAGAGACCGACGUUGAGGAAUCGGCAGAAGCUGCCGAAGCCGUGGAGGUGCAGGCAGCCACAGAGGCCGAGUCGCAGGCGGGUCAAACCGCCGGCGAAAGCUUGCCAAGUGAAUCCGAGCCCGAACCAACUCCCGACGUUGCCAGUGCGCCAGUUCCCGCCCUGACUGAUGAACCCACCUCUGAAGAUGCUCCCGAGGGAGAGGCUCGUCAAGAAACUGUGGAAGACGAUUCUGUCGAAGAGGACGAAAAGUUCAACGCGAAGGAUUCAGCAAUAGCAGCCGGUGCUGCAGCAGCUGUUGGGGCAGCUGGACUAAUGGCCGCACGCGCGAUGUCGUCCAAGGACAAAGGCGAGCAGUCCGAAGCACAGCGCAGUGUCGAUACAGAAAAACCCAAGAGGCCGACCGUCAAGCUUGUUAGUUCAGGCACGCAGACCGAUAUUGUACGGCCCAGAACUCCAUUCGGGCUUACGGCAACCGGCUCAAGCGAUCCGAUCAGGGCACCGACGCCUGGUGUGGUGCUCCCAGAUCUCAAGGACGAACCUGCUCGACAAAUGAGCAAGGCGAGGAGCCUGAGAAGACAGCGUAAGCUCUCCAUCCAGAAUGCUGAGGAGAUUGUUGCCACUGCCGUCAUCCUCUAUGCCACUUGUGAUGUUCUGAGCCCCAAGGGAUCCCCGCGCUUGACGCCUACCGGAAGCCCCGUCCAGGGUUACGGAUGGUGUGACGUGGGAACAAACCCUUUCUCUCUGAGUCCAGAGAGGUCAAUGGCGGCGGAAUAUCCAGUGAAGAGGAGCAGGGACCGUGACAUGGACCAGGCACUUCGCGAUUCCGUUGCUGACCUCUUUGCAGACGAUAAACGAUCUGUGGCGGACCCCGAGUCUCCGCGGACACCGCGCAGCGGCCAUCACCAUCGUUCGAGCCACCACUCUUCCCGAUCAAGCCGCACUCCCAGGGAAGACCGAACCCCCAGGGAAGAACGCACCCCAAGAGAUGAGAAUGGCGACGAAAAGAGACACCAUCGUAGGAGCCGCCCCGACCACCAUCGCGAUGCUUCGGGCUCUAUGUCUUCGCCAUCACACAAACCGAGACGCCAGGAUAGUGGAUAUUCGGAGGAGUCCCACUCUCGGAAACACCGAACUCCCGAAGAGCAGCAAGAGUACGAAAGGCGUCGCGCUGAGCGUCACGCUGCCCGCUCCGCUGAGGAGCAACAGGAACACGAUAGGCGGCGUGCUGAGCGUCAUGCCGCUCGUGCGCUACGUGAAAAGGAAAGAGGCCACGGUUCACCCACGCCGACUCCUACCUCCCCGCCUGUGAGCACCAGCGGCGACAGAGCACGGUCGAGGCGACACAGCCACAGGUCUGCAGCACGGGAAGAGAUGCCACCACCUCCACCGCCAAAGACUAGCUUAUUCGGCUCGAGCAAGAGUCGUCACUCCAAGCCUGCUGAUGGUGUCGAUUAUUCCUAUGGUACGGGUGACAUCCCGCCUCCUCCUGCUCGCAGCAGCAGCAUGAGGAGAGAUCGAGACCACUCGAGUUUCCCUCCGCCUCCGCAAGAACCCCUUCCGGAGCGUUCACACACCACCAGGUCGCGGCACCGAUCCAGCCGCGCGACUGAAGAUGCCAACACCUUGCGCAAACUGGCAAAAGCCCGCGAAAAGGUAGCCGAGGAGGCUCGGCGUGCCGCUGAAGAGUCCGGCUCGGGGAGGUCCUCCCAAGACUUUGCACGGUCGAGGCGGACCUCUCGGGAUGCCGUGCGUCCCGUGCGGGCAAGCUACGAGCAUUCGGCUCGCGAGAGCCCCACAGUUCGCUCGAUUGACAAGACCAAGGACGACCUGGAGCAGCCGCGCGAAGAGGCGCUUCACCGUCGGACUCGGUUCGAGAAGAGGGAGCAGCUCCAGAGGCGGGCAACCACUGCAGGGCGCGCGGAGCGUGAUAAAGAAGAGAUAGCAGAUGCUGAGGAAGAGUCUGAUCACGUCAAGGACAAGAAGGAGAAGAAGGGAGGCUUCCGGUCCGUGUUCAAGAGACUGUUUACGUCGUGA